AUGCAGAAUGUUCUAAUGUCCUCGUUUCACUGGCAGGGGCUGCUGGUACCUGUCCUGCGCAAUGUAGAGAGCAUGUCUUAUGCCGACAUUGAGAAGGGCAUCAAUGCGCUUGGUGAGAAAGCACGCAAAGGUCAGUUAGCAGUAGAGGACAUGGAUGGUGGCACAUUCACUGUCAGCAAUGGAGGCGUAUUCGGAUCGCUCAUGGGCACUCCGAUCAUCAAUCCCCCGCAGUCUGCUAUACUCGGCAUGCACGCCACAUUCGAGCGACCGGUCGCCAUCAAGGGGCAGGUGGUGAUCAGGCCCAUGAUGUAUAUCGCUCUGACCUAUGAUCACCGGCUGAUUGAUGGUCGUGAGGCUGUGCUGUUCUUGCGCAAGAUCAAGGCUGCUGUAGAGGAUCCCAGGAUAAUCAUCGCAGGAUUGUAAAACUUAGUGAACCGUAGUGACUGAGUUGCGCGGUUUCUGCGAUAAGUCUAGUUCGUUUCUGAUGACUACACAUGAGGAAAGAACAAAGCACUAAAGCCAGACCAUCAAUAAUCAAAUGCAGAAAUUGUCCUGUAACACGUCAACCCUGUUAAGGCAAAAUCCAAAUGUCUCUAAAGACGGUAUUGAUCUGUUAUUUAUAAAUUAAAAAUACUAUCGGAUACUUCUAACAAUCGUUGUCAAACCUAAAUGUUAAUUGCGAAAUGUGUUCAACUAAUUGGUGUUUGGUUUGGUUGGUCGCAAACCCACUCAUUUCAACUGCACUGUCUCAAGUAUUAUCGUAGUAUAAAUUAGAUUAUUUGUUAAUGUUCUACUAAUGUUUUAUAAAUUUUAAAUAUACACUAUAGUUAUAAAUCUGUUUAUUAUCGAAAGAAUUGUAUUAUUUGAUAAUUGUUUUAAUAAAAUAUAUCAAUCUAAGGGAGUUUCUUUCAGAUUGUGACCAAAACUCAGUUUUAUUGAAUGAUUUUGCGCCAAAGCAACACCAUUAGUAGUGAAUAUUUUUGUUGUUACUUAAUUUUAUUCUCUAUUUUUUAUGUCGUUCAAAGUUAUUGUGAACCUUAUUAACUUAUUAUUUAAGUUGUAUAUUAUUAAAUUAUUUGUAGAUACUCAUCACGUUGCUUUAAUUUUUUGUAAGCAUUUGGUGCUUAGUACAUAAUAAAGAAUGCUUAUAAAUCUCCCA